AUGGCUAGUGGCGAUGAAAGCCUAGUCUCCCCCUCGGCAGCAGCAGCAGCAGCAACAGCAGCAGCAGCGGGUGCUGCUGCUGCUCCUUCUGCUGCUGCUGCAGCAGCUGCUGGCCCUGCAGACACUGCAACAAGCCCUGAAACAAACGCUCCUCCUGCUGCUGCUGCUGCUGCUGCUGCUGCUGCUGCUCCGCUCACCUCUCUCCCGCGCGGAGGCCCUCCUCAGCAAACUGCAGCAGCAGCAACAGCAGCAGCAGCAGCAACAGCAGCAGCAACACCAGCAGCAUCAGCAGCAACCAAUGACACCCCAACAUCGACUCCUUUGAGUCUCCCUAGGAGGCAGAGACACUUCUACAGGCAUCAACAAAGACAGCAGCAGCAGCAGCAGCAGCAGCGGCAGCAGCAGCAGCAGCAGCAGCAGCAGCAGCAGCAGGUCAUGGGCCUUGGCUCCCUGAGAGGGUCUCGCCUCAGCAGCAACAUCGGCAGCAAACGCACCUGCAGCAACUGCAGCAGCAGCACCACCAGCAGCAUCCAGUCCGUCCGUCUACACUUCACCAACCAUCUCUCAAAUAGCCAAGUGGCAGCAGCAGCAGCAGCAGCAGCAACAGCAGCAGCAGCAGCAACAGCAGCAGAUUCAUCCUCGGGUUCGUGUCCAGCUGCAGCAACGGAAGCAGCAACAACGGCAGCAGCAGCAGCUGCUGCUGCUCCUGCUGCUCCUGCUCCUGCUCAUAAUGCCGCUGCUGCUGCUGCUGCUGCCGCUGCUGCUGCCGUCAACCGGCUCGCGCUGACGCUGCAGCAAGCCCCGCGUUCAUUGGAUGCAUGGCAGCAUCGUCAACCGGCUCGCGCUGACGCUGCAGCAAGCCCCGCGUUCAUUGGAUCAGCAUCGUCAACCGGCUCGCGCUGA